AGCAGAGGUUUGGAAUGUUGCUUGCAGCCAGAGUAUUUUCUUCUAGUUUUCGCCUUUUACUGAUUCCAAAUAUUGAGGUUUGAUUCAAUGGGAUUGCGAAGUAAUGAAGUUGAGAAUGUCAUGGAAGAUGAUAGCGAUGUUAUGGAUGAUGUUAGUGAGGAAGAGUUUGAAUCUGAGUCGGACUCAGAAGAGGAAGAUGUGAAGUUGGCCGAGCCUUCGAAGAACUCUAUAUACAAUAGAGAUGGGCUUAUUGAGAAGCUGGAAGAUAUCAGCUGGCCGGAAAAUGUUGAAUGGAUGCACAAGCUUUCUCUUGAUAUUGAUCAAGAAAAAGAGGUGGAUGUGAACGAUGACCUGGCUAGAGAGCUUGCUUUCUACACGCAGGCAUUGGAGGGGACAAGGUUGGCAUUUGAGAAGUUUGAGUCGAUGAAGCUACCUUUCCUUAGGCCUCCGGAUUAUUAUGCGGAGAUGGUUAAGACAGAUGCCCAUAUGCAGAAGGUGAAAGGCAGGCUUUUGUCACAGAAGAGACAGAUUGAAGAGGCUGAGGAGAGGAGAAAGGCCAGAGAAGCCAAGAAAAUUGCUAAGGAGGUUCAAGCUGAGAAGAUGAAAGAAAGAGCCAAGCAGAAAAAACAUGAGAUCGAGGCUGUUAAGAAGUGGAGGAAGCAAAGGCAGCAGAGCGGCUUCCCUGCCGGUGGUAAAGACAGUGAGCUAGACUUGGGUUUUGAAGAUGGUAAAGCAUUCGAGAGAUCCAGCAAGAAAAGGCCAGGGGUGUCACCUGGGGAUCGAUCCGGAGGGAAGGCAAAGCAGCAUGGUGGUGGAAAAGGUAAGAAUAUGAAAAACAGGGAGAUCAGGAAUUCUAAGUUUGGAUUUGGAGGAAGGAAAGGCUUGAAGAAACAGAACACUGCUGAAACCACUAAUGAUUCUAGGGGCUUCAACAAAGGCAAUGCUGCUGGUAAUAAGAAAAGGAAAAGGUGAUUAAACUAUGACCCCUUAUUUUCUUACUUUGUUGGGGCAUUUUUGCUUUUAAUCAAACUCUUUGUUAACUUCAAAUAGUUGUUGCUGCUGCUUCAUCUUUAAGUAUCCUUUUGAUAUUAUGAUUAUGAAGUUUUCUGGUUCAAUUUAAGAACAUACGCUCAUUUCCAUUCA